AUGUCUGUCUCAAUCGCUUCCAUGAUCAAGCAGCCCAAAGGAGUUAUCCGCCUUUUAGAAGCCCAUGACCAAGUUUCUGCAGACAUAAUCCGCCGCAGGGUCAGAUAUGAUGACCAAAGCUUCCAAGGCAUAUGGUGGAGCGGCCUGUCUCAAACAACCCAUCUCGGUAUCCCGGAUACAGAAUUGGUGUCUCCCCUCAAACGCGCGACAAUGCUGCCGCCAUGCCCAGAGACUGAGAGAUAUCCAUAUCCAGGGUGUGCCGCAUUCGACGCUGAUAGUGGUGGCAAUUUGUCUGACAUUCCCGCUCUGGUAGCCGUCCUGGAAACGAAGGGGGUUUCAAUGAUCAUUAUUGAAGAUAAGGCUCUGCCUGAGCCCGGCAAAAAGUUGAAUUCCCUUCUGGGAACGUGUGCUGCACAAGCUCAAGCAGACAUGAAUGAAUUCGUUAAGGUCAUACAGACAUUUAAAUCCGCCUCCCAGCACAGGGAGAUUAUGAUCACAGCUCGGAUUGAAAGUCUUACUGGGCGUGUUCCCAAAAUGGAGGAAUCUGAAGAGAAUGCCUCUGUUGAAAACGCUCUUAGAGAUGCUCACUUGCGCGCCGAAGUUUAUGUAAAGGCAGGGGCAGAUGCUAUUAUGAUACAUAGCAAAAGCCGGCAUCCAGACGAAGUGUUGUCGUUUCUGAAAACCUUUCGUGCGAAAGACCUCAGAACUCCAUUAGUAGUGGUGCCCACUACAUACUCAACCAUUCCACGCGCAGCCUUAUGUCGUGCCGGUGCAAACGUUAUCAUUUACGCGAACCACUUAAUACGAGCGAAAAUAGAGGCUGUUGCUACAGCUUCGGACAGGCUGCUGGCAAGCAAACCCGGUCUGUUUUCAAACGACACAGAUAUCAAAGCUUGCAUUGAGGCACGGAAUUUUGCUUGUGCAUUACGGAUUCUGUCGGAGAGAACUUACUCGGGUGGGAAUGAGGAUCAGGAGGCGAAGAGUUACUCUGCAGUAGCUGAGCAUUCUGCCAUUGAGAACAUGACUGCUGUUGUCGAAGAGCUUGCCGCUGGUCUUGUGGCCCUCCAAGCCCUCUCCAAAAAAGAGGAUCGCGCCGUCGCAACCUCAACGAGAAACCUACUCCGCGCUUUAGGAGGAGCCGCAGGGGUGGCUAUCUCUACUGCGACACAACACUCCACUGUUAAAACAGCGCUGCGGCAUAUUGGGGUUUUGCAGGCCGGUCAAGUGGGCUUGCGUACAUUUGAAAAGGACAUCCUAGACGCUCAAAUGAAAGGCUUUAGGGUUGUUUUCGCUCCACUAGUUCCCUUGAUGGCCCUGUGUUUACUCGGGAGCUUAUUGAUUCCGGAUACGUGUUUGAAGGAAGAUGGGAAGGAAACCCGGGAAAGUGAAGAGGGUAUAGCUCAGUCGAUAGGGCCAAGGCCGUAA